UCCGCGCCGGGAGGCAGCCUCUCCCGCCCGAGCUCCGGAAUGGUCCGCGCCGGGAGCCCGCGCGCGGCUUGAAACGCCGGGCGAGCCAGGCGCUGCUGUGACAGAGCUGUGGGCGGCAGCCUUCGCUACAGUGCUGGACGCGGCGUGCCAUGGACCCUGAGACCCGCGAACUGCGCGCCUUGGAGGCGGAGGUCGCGGCGCUGCAGCGGGAGUGCAGUAUGCUGCCAAGGCCCUGGGAGAAGACGUCCGGAGCCCGAAAAUCAUUUCAAAAAUUUCCCCAGUCAGAUUCUGAGGGAUGGGAAUCCUUGGAAGACCUGAAAAGUCAGCUUGGACAUUUAAAAUCUGAACUUUCAUUUCUAAGUAAACUUACUGGCAUCAAUAUAAGAAAUUAUUCCAAGAUUGAGGACAUUACAAACAGUGAAGUGACAGAAAACGGUGCAAAGAAAAUUCUACAGACACACAGAUUAUCAGGAAAUUGCAACAUGGUUACAUUUGAACUGGAAUUUCAGGUUCUGGAAAUUGAGACUAAAGAGAAAUUUUCUUCUGUUAUAACUGACCUCAACAUAAUAAUGGAACCCACAGAAUAUUCAGAACUAAGUGAAUUCGCAUCUAGAGUAGAAGAAAAAAGAGAUUUGCUCAUGUUUUUUCGAAGUCUACAUUUUUUUGUGGAGUGGUAUGAAUAUCGUAAGAAUACAUUUAAGCAUUUUAAGGAGAAGUACCCAGACAGUGUGUACCUCUCAGAGGGCACCUGCUCCCACUGCAUGGAGAUCCGCAGUGCCAGACAUCCAGGGUUUGAACUGGUGAUUGUUUGGAGGAUACAAACCGAUGAGGAAGGGAAGGUUUUCCCAAAGCUGGAUCUUCUCACCAAAGUCCCAGAGCGAGCCCUGGAGCUGGACAAGAACAGAGUCAUAGAAACUGCUCCUCUGAGUUUCCGAAGACUGCUAGGGGUACUUGGAGUUGAAGCUGCUCUUGACAGCCUGAUAAAAUUGCUUUGUGUGGAAAAAGACUAGUCUCCUGCUGGCAAGCAUAUAGGAAUAAGAUGCUGGGCUGAGGAACAUGUGACUUACGUUAAGUAUGAACAUUUGCUCUUUUCAAACAUGUUUUUUUGUGUGCACUAGUGAUACGUUACACAGAACUCCCAUAGCAUAGAAAUAAAGUUUUCCAGUAUGUUAAAA